AUGCGGUCUAUCCUCCAUUACUGCCUCGCAGUCCUCUGCGGCCUCCUGUCUCUCGGACACUGCGACGAGCUCGACGACGCCGGCUACAGCGUCACCAACAGCGACGACACGUGGGUAGUGUCGUCUGGCGGCUCCAAAAUCAACGAGUUCCGCAUCGCCGGCAACCGCAUCAAGGUCGACUAUGUCGCCAACGGCUUUGACGAGAACGGUAUGACCCUGCGUGACAUCAUCGCCCGCGUCUGGAGCCGGGCAGGAAAGUGGCUGUCCGACCUCGACUCUGUUCAAUUCGUCGACGUCAUGGAGUUCAGAGCGAUGAACUCGAUCGCGCAGGCCCGGCAGGUGCGCGGCGUCGGGCCCAAGACGAGCUUCCAGAUCGACAUGGGCCAGAUUGGAUGGGAGCAGAUUUCCAACAACCCGUUCUACUGGCACAUUCAUAAGAUGUGCUGGGAGUGGAACAGUAUGGAGGGCAAGGACGUCACUGGAGCGUAUGUUUCGAGUUUGGAGGACUCGGACGGGAUCCAGCCGGAUGACUUGAUCUUCUACAUUGCCGAGUAUGACCAGCCUUCACCGAGAAAGUAG